AUGGGACUGUUGGUGUUUAUGCGUAACCUGCUGCUAGCCCUCUGCCUCUUUUUGGUACUGGGAUUUCUCUACUAUUCUGCUUGGAAGUUGCACCUUCUCAGAUGGGAGGAUUCAAAUUCAGUGGUUCUUUCCUUUGACUCCGUUGGACAUACAAUAGGCUCAGCUUUCCUUGUUGAACAGGAAGGAGAGAGAGAAAAACUGUGGCUAUUGCGCUUCCGCUGUCCAUCCCAUCUCACCUUGCUGCAGACCCAGGAAAAGACAGAACCCAGAAAGAAUCCAAAGAAACAAUGGCAGCUCCAGGCCCAGCCAUUCCUAGUAGAAUAUGACAAACUGGGCUUUCUCCUUAACCUGGACUCAAAAUUGCCUCCAGAAUUGGCAUCAAAGUAUGCAAAUUUCUCUGAGGGAGUGUGCAAGCCUGGUUAUGCAUCAGCGCUCAUGAGUGUCAUCUUUCCAAAGUUCUCGAAGCCGGCACCAAUGUUCUUGGAUGAUUCCUUCAGGAAAUGGGCACGUAUCAGGGACUUUGUACCCCCUUUUGGAAUUAAAGGACAAG